AUGUCACGCCAUGAAAAAAUAUUAUUUAUUUUCUGCGCAAUAUAUGCAUUCGUCCUUUUCUCGAUAAUAAUAGAAACAUCAGUUCAUGAAUAUAUUAAUACUAAUACCACUACGGCCAAUACAACUGAGUUAAUAAGCAAGCUUAAAAUCAAACCCACCAAUUUUGCUGAAUGGAAACAAAGACAUUAUAUGACAGGUUAUUUCAAUAAGGACCGAAAAGUGAGAAUAUAUAUAACCGAAGGUGAUUGGUAUAUAAGAGAUGACCUUCCAAGACUCAGAUAUAAACAUGAUGAAACAUUAACAAUUUGCGAUAUACCAUGUAUCUGGACAGUAAAAUCAUUAAAUGAUUUAACGUCCGAAGAGCUUAAAAACGCUGAUGCUCUUUUUUGUGUUAAUCAACCAAGUUUACCAAAAAAGAAAGCAUGGAAAGGACAAAAGUUCAUACAAUAUACUUUAGAACCUAAGAUUCAUUGCCCACAAUGUCAUGAUAAAAACCACAUAUUUGAUAUCCGCGCAACUCAUGAUGCGAGUUCUGAUAUACCUACAAGUUAUGUUAGAAUGGACUCUACAAGAUGGAGAUUAGUGCCUCCUUUUGAUGUAAAAAAGCUCUCUAAGAAUUCACCAUUUAUUUCGUUUAUCGCUUCUCACUGGACUGAAUUCAGGGAGAAUUUUAUUUCAAGUAUUGAAACCCAUAUUCCUGUCGCAUCCUUUGGUAGUGUCCGUCAUAACACCGAUUCGAACAUUCAUCCUGAAUGCGGGGGUUUAAGCCUCUUUGAUUCAAAGAAUUGUUUAAUUUCUAAAUAUCCAUUUUACUUUUCAAUUGAAAACUCUCAAGAAAAAGAUUAUUCUACUGAAAAACUUUGGGAUACGUUUAAUUUGGGUGUCGUGCCUGUUAUAUGGGGUGCACCUAAUACUCGUUCAUACCUACCACAUCCUAAAUCUGCUAUUUUUAUUGAAGACUUUAAGGAUGCCAAGGCUCUUGCUGAUUAUUUGAAAUAUUUAGUUAAAAAUGAGACUGCAUACUUAGAAUAUCACAAGUGGCGGACUAUGAAGUUGUCUGAUGAAUUUGAAAAAAGAUCAUACUUGAGUAUGUAUAAUCUUGAAUGUAACGUUUGCAGAGAAGUUGCUAGGUUAAGGAUUCUUGAAGAAUAUAAUAAUACUGAUACAUGA